AUGAUGAAUUAUUAUUCUACAAUUGAUUUUUACAAUUAAGAUGAGGAGAUACCUAUAUGCAACCCAGCCAAUUUUAAACUUUAAUACUACUCUAGGAUGAUUAUAAUUUUACUGUCCUUUCUUUCAUCAAGCUUCAUAGGACUAACUUGUAUAUUGAGCAGCAAAAGAAGUUAUUGGACUUUUAGAAUAAUUUCCUUUUAAUCUCUAUUCGAAUGCAUAGAUUUGGGCUUAGCAUUCAUUUAUAAUAGAUUCUUUAUGUAACAGGAGACUUUAGAAAAAUAAUGCAAUAUAAUUGGAUACAUAAUGCAUUCAAGUUGGCUCUCAUCAUUUUGUUGCUGCCUCUUUAUAAUCUAUCAGCUGAGAUUAUUAUUAAAAGUAUAAUGAUUUUAAAUAUAGGUUGAUAAUUUGUAUGAAACUUUAUCUAAAAAUGUAUUUAAAGUAAUAUUUUUAUUUUGGAUUGCAUCAUAUGUUUGGUUGCUUUUUCCAUUUUUAUAAGAGGAAUUUGUUCCAACUGGAUGGAACUCUUUUAAAAAAGACUGCAUAUAAUACUUUUUUUGUGGGUUUAGCAAAAGCUGGAAAAUCUAUUUAAUAUUUUGGACAAUUCCUUAGAUAAUUAUUUUUGUGAGUGGAAUCAUAUUAGCAAAAAAAGUAAGAAUUUUCAAUUAUAAUACUACUUUAGAAUUCAAAAUUAGCUGCAAUCCAUCUAUCCACAUUUUAAGAUGAAGAAUUUGAAAUCAUUCAACAUCUUCAACUAUUUCCUAUUAUAUAUGGACUAGCUUGGCUCUUUAAUUAACUCAUAAGGUAAUAUUUAUUUAAAAAUAGAUAUACUGAUAUUAUAGAUGUAUUUGUUAAAUGGAUCGUAUUCAAUGAUUGGCCUUAUGCUUUUUAUGUCUUUUUUAACUUAAUUUUUGAAUUGCAUUUAAUUAUUGUUUUAAGUUUUUUUCUCUACAAUUACAAGUAAAAUUAUGUAUAUUAGCUGUUAGUCAGGUGUUGAACAUAAAGUAAAUUUGGCUUUCUGCUUUAUGCUGUCGAAAAAAGGUUGAAAUAAAUGAUAAUGAAAGUCUACUAUAUCAAGAUGUCAAUGGGACUUCAUGA